UUAUUAGAAGAAAAAAAACAUGAUAUUUAGAACAUGAUUUGUUUUCCAUUAGAACAUGUUUUUUAGUUCCUUCCUAAACCCACCUACCAUCUUUGAACUACUACAAAACUCUUGUCUUCAUCUUCUCCAAUAAACCAGAUUUGUUGUCUUGUGUUUUGUUUUGCCUAAUCGAAAACUGGUUUUUGUUUGCUAUCAUCGUCAAAUUCAUGAGACUCGUCUCUUACAGAGACUGAGCCAAUAGAAACUGAGAGCAAGAAAAUGGGGAGAGAGAAUGGUUCAUCAGUUCACAAGAGAACCAGUGGCGCAGCUCUACCAACAACCUACUCCAACGACAAAAACCGCCGUAACCGUUAUAAAACAUUCAACAACGUUAAAAUCACUAUCCUCUGCGGUUUUGUCACCAUCCUCGUCCUACGUGGCACCAUCGGUGUUAAUUUCGGUUCAACCGACUCCGACGCCGUCAAUCAAAGCGUUAUCGAAGAAACAAACCGCAUCCUCGCCGAGAUCCGAUCCGACGCCGACCCUUCUGAUCCCGACAACAAAGAAGAAACCUUUUUCAAUCCAAACGCCACUUUCACACUUGGCCCCAAAAUCUCCGACUGGGAUUCUCAGCGGAAGAGUUGGCUUAAUCAAAACCCUGAAUACCCUAGUUUCGUUAGAGGUAAAGCUCGAAUCUUGCUUCUUACUGGGUCUCCUCCUAAGCCUUGUGAUAAUCCUAUUGGUGAUCAUUAUUUGUUGAAGUCUAUUAAGAAUAAGAUUGAUUAUUGUAGAUUACAUGGGAUUGAGAUUGUUUAUAAUAUGGCUCAUCUUGAUAUGGAGCUUGCUGGUUAUUGGGCUAAAUUGCCUAUGAUUAGGAGGUUGAUGUUGUCGCAUCCUGAGGUUGAGUGGAUUUGGUGGAUGGACAGUGAUGCUUUUUUCACUGAUAUGGUUUUUCAGCUUCCUUUGUUGAAGUAUAAUGACUAUAAUAUGGUUAUUCAUGGUUACCCUGAUUUGUUGUUCGAGCAAAAGUCGUGGAUUGCUAUCAAUACUGGGAGUUUUCUGUUUAGGAACUGUCAGUGGUCCUUGGAUUUGCUUGAUGAGUGGGCUCCUAUGGGUCCGAAAGGUCCGGUUCGUGAAGAGGCUGGUAAGGUUUUGACUGCUAAUCUUAAGGGACGGCCGGCUUUUGAGGCGGAUGAUCAGUCUGCGUUGAUAUAUUUGUUGCUGUCUAAGAAGAAAAAGUGGAUGGAUAAGGUGUUUCUCGAGAAUUCUUACUAUUUGCAUGGUUACUGGGCUGGGUUGGUUGAUAGGUACGAGGAGAUGAUUGAGAAGUAUCAUCCGGGGUUAGGAGAUGAGAGAUGGCCGUUUGUGACGCAUUUCGUGGGUUGUAAGCCGUGUGGAAGCUAUGGAGAUUAUCCGGUUGAGAGGUGUCUUAGUAGUAUGGAGAGGGCUUACAAUUUUGCUGAUAAUCAGGUGCUAAAACUGUAUGGGUUCAGGCAUCGUGGUCUGUUGAGUCCUAAGAUUAAGAGAAUCAGAAAUGAGACGGUUACUCCUUUGGAGUUUGUCGACCAGUUUGAUAUUCGAAGGCAUCCUAUAGAGAAUACUGAAUCAAAAAGCUAGUGAGAAGUAACUAGUUUAAGUGGUGAUUAUUAUAGACAAUGAUUGAUUAGAAGUGGAAUUUUAUUUUGCGACAGUUCACAUGUAACUUCUGUUUGUUUGUUGUCUGGGGAAAUUUUUGAAAUGUUAGGAUGUAAUUCUUUCAUAAGUUAUCUUCUUUAUGCUGUUUUUGAGAUAUCAGCAAAACAAAAUUAUUUGCUGAUCGGCUGUAUACUGAACUUCUACUGAAUUUUCUCAUUUGGGGCAUGAAUUCAACUUAAUAUA